AAGUGCUCACUUUCCCGGUGUCUCGUGUCGUACGUUCCUUGGUCCCGUUAUCGGAAGUCUUUUUUUUUUAAUUACCUAAUUUUUGCGCAAAACAAAGUGCUGCGCGGUGCAGCGGUGUUUCGCAGUACCGAUAACUCUUACGGACAAGUGACAGGACGAUUUCUGGACAUGGAAACGGCAAUCAGUGGAGCUUCCUGCUCGGUUGUCCGGCCUGGUCCGCCCUCACGCCCGGCGAGUCAUCGAGCUUCAGUGAAGGCAAGGAACCCACGCAGAUGCCGGUAAUGUGCGUGUGACUCCCAUUUGAUUCCUCUUUUGAAAAGGGAGAUUCAUUCCGAAAGCCGAGAAGAAUAAAGGAAAGAUGCGCUCGUACCGUAUGCCGCGUUGGAUAGCUGACAAAUGUUCGAGGCAACGCUCGGACUCUACGGCCUGUCCACUCUACGAAUCGCAUCCGGUGGAGGUGUUGAUCGCGUUCCUCAUCGUAUUUUUCCUUCUAUUCGCAUUGAGGUGUCCGACGUGGCGGACCGGCGACUACAUCGUGAUGUCCGAACGGGACGUAGACGCGAACGCUAACGAGUGCCCGUGGAUGCCACGCGCGGAGCAUCAGGACUUUUGGAUCGGUAUCGAAAGACCGAGGUGUCCUUCCCUGUCGGCAUCCAUGCCACGAAGUCAUCCUGUCGACAAAGAGGUGAACGAAACUCUCCUGAACGAUCUCUCCAGGAGGCUGCAACCAGGGGGUCGGUGGGCGCCGUCUUGGUGCAACUCGGCCCACUUCGUCGCCAUUGUGGUGCCGUACCGGAACCGCCAGAAGCACCUGUCCCUAUUCCUCCAGCAUAUACACCCGUAUCUGCAGCAGCAGAACGUGCAGUACACCGUCUUCAUCGUUGAACAGAGUGGUGAAGGCGCCUUCAACCGGGCUAAGCUGUUCAACGUCGGGUUCGUGGAAGCGAUGAAGCGGGACAACUACUGCUGCUUCUUUUUCCAUGAUGUGGACCUCCUUCCGGAAGAUCCGCGUAACCUGUACCGAUGUGAGCGGCAUCCCAGGCACGUCAGUUCGGCCAUCGACACCUUCCGCUACGUCCUGCCUUACCCCGAACUCUUUGGCGGUGUCGUUUCUAUGAGGGCCGAGCACUUUACCAAGAUCAACGGCUUCUCGAACAAGUUCUUCGGUUGGGGUGGAGAAGACGACGAUAUGCAGAGACGCAUCAAGCAUGCCGGGCUCUCCGUAGUGCGCUGGCCGUCGUCGAUAUCGCGAUACACAAUGCUAGAGCAUGAGAAGGAAGUGCCUAACCCCGACCGUCAUACGCUGCUAGACAACGGUGAGAACAGGUUUGAGUUGGAUGGACUGAACAGCCUGCAAUAUCGAGUCAUCCAGCUAGAAGAGAGACCGUUAUACACACGUAUUCUGGUUGACAUUCAUGCACCAUCCUGAUUUGGUAUUGUGUGUAGCAUACUGAGAUCUUCUCUUUACGACAGGCUAUCUCAACCCCUUGAAAGAUCUAUCAAAGGGUUUGACAGAUGACUGCCUCAUAGUCCAUCCAUAGGUUGGUGUGCCUGCUGCCCCGGUGAAGUUUUUUGCCGCAGUCACUGGGUUUAGUGCGUGCUUGUGGAACUAUUUUAAUUUAGCUACUGGUAGAGGAGGAAGUGGGCAUCGAUCAAUAUUAUUUUGUCAGGAAUCUUAGUUGUGAGUGAUGGGGUUUCCAAUCAUCAGAUUGGUCAUUUUUGAGAGGUAACAAGUCAAAAGUUUUUGUAGGGUCAGGUUUUGAAAGUCAUACACUCGUGAUAGUUAUUUAACUUUUGAGAAGCAUCCUAGCUAGUCCAACACAGGGCAUACAUUGCACCAGAGUUGUGCAGGGGAGUCCACCACAGUGCUGCAGGCACAAUAAUGUAGAGCGUUAGGAUGGAAACGAUUAAUAAUGUGCACUCUCGUGAUAUCCAUUGGUGCGACGGCCAACAGCUCAGCUUGACACCGUCGCAAAAGCUUGCAUCUGUGGGGCUGUCUAUUUAGGCAAUACUUCUGAUUUGGAGGAUCGCUUGAACUCUUGGUAACAUUGGAAAUGCCAGGGUCUGGAUCAGAAAUCAGGGCUGUUUACAGAAACAAACUUCCAGCGUAUGCCGUAAAAUAAGGUAUGUGUGUGGGCCCGGUCACCUAGGGGGCGCCUUGAUGUUUAUCUACGUCGUGAAGAGAUACGAGUCUCUGUUUUUUAUUUCUUUGUUUUUAUUUUGCGAUGCUGCCUUCCUCGGCUUGUUUCCGAUGUGGACCUACAUGCUGUAUGCUCGGCGUACAAGGAUUUCUAGUGGUUAACAGUUUGAUCGUGCAAGCUAGCAGCCUUUUUAGUAGUAUUAUUACCGGGAAUAGUGCAAACUUUUGAACUUGCCUAUAGAUAUUGAAUCUGUUCGUAGACAGGAGCGUGCUUAACGUCUGUUCUACGAAGCAGUGGAGACAUCUGAUGAUGGGAUUUUAUCGGUUGAUUUUUAGUGUACUCUUGGAUGUACCUUUUGUGCUCAAGCAGAAUACUGUCACGAUACAGAAUGAUCUCAAGCAUUAGUCCUGUGUCAGUACAAAGCUAUUAGGUAGGCUGCCGCACAUAUAUACACACCGUUGGUGCCAUGUGGUAGGAUGUGGUGGCAGAUGCAUGCUUGUAAUGCUUGAUAUGGAAGAGACAAGAAAUUUAUGAGUCGGGAGGAGACGGGUUUGCAUUACGAAAAGCAAAUGAUACAGACUUUGAUAUUAUGUUCUGAAGUUUGAGAGCUUGAAAUUAAAAUGAAGUGAAACUUG